AUGUUGCAUCUCGUUGGUCUUGGUCUCGCGGAUGAGACCGAUAUUACUGUCCGUGGCUUGGAGAUUGUGAAGCGCGCGGACCGGGUUUAUCUUGAGGCAUACACUGCUGUUUUGCUCGUGGACAAGGAGAAGCUUGAAGCUUUCUAUGGUCGACCAGUCAUCGAGGCAGACCGUGAACUAGUUGAAACCGGCAGCGAUGAGAUCCUCGCAGGAGCAGACAAGGCAGAUGUUGCCUUCCUAGUUGUUGGCGAUCCAUUCGGCGCAACAACACACACAGACUUGGUCCUCCGGGCCCGAGAACUCGGCAUUCAAACCAAUGUCGUGCCCAACGCCUCCAUCAUGUCCGGAAUCGGCUGCACAGGUCUCCAACUCUACAACUUCGGCCAAACAGUCAGCAUGGUAUUCUUCCUGGACAACUGGCGCCCAUCUUCAUUCUACGACCGUAUUCGCGAGAACGCGCAAAUUGGUCUGCACACGCUCGUCCUCUUGGAUAUCAAGGUUAAGGAGCAAUCCAUGGAGAACAUGGCACGCGGACGACGCAUCUUCGAGCCUCCUCGUUACAUGACUGUCGCGCAGUGCGCGCAGCAGAUGUUGGAGGUUGAGGAGGAUCGCAAGGAAGGUGUUUACUCUCCUGAUAGUUUGGUGAUGGGUGCUGCGCGGGUUGGAGCACCGGAUCAGAAGCUUGUUGUGGGUACUCUGACGGAAUUGGCGGAGGUUGAGCUUGGUGCGCCGUUGCACAGUGUUGUUCUGCUUGGAAGGAGGACACAUGAUCUGGAGAGAGAUUACAUUCGCCAAUUUGCGGUUAACGAGGCGACUUUUGAUGCCAGUUAUGCCAAGUACUAUGGCAAGACCUCAUGA